UGUAGUUUACCUCAGCAGAUAGGCAACGGUCCAUAUAGAAUUCUUCGAUGGUACUAUAAUGCAGCCCGAAUGAGAUGUGAAUUGUUCUACUGGUCCGGUUGUUGCGCAAAUGCAAAUAAUUUUCCUAGCAUUCACAGUUGUCAACGAUCAUGCGAAGGUUUUUACAAUGCUGUUCUUGCAAAACAUCUAGUAAAAGUCGUGGGAUAUCUUCACUAUAAGUCCGCACAAAGAAAUAAAUUAAUUGCAGUGGAUCCAUGCCAGCAAAAUUUAGAGCAAGGUUAUGGUGACGUGUCGAUACGUCGGUAUUAUUUUAACAAAUCCACCAAAACGUGUGAACAGUUUAAUUAUCAUGGUAAUAGCGGAAACCGAAACAAUUUUCAAUCUUUACAAGAAUGUCAGCAGCAGUGUCCAGAGAAACCAAAUCCAUGUGCUUUUGGUAGUUCCAUACCUGCAGUGCCUUGUUAUGGUGGAAAUACUUGUACUGUCAAUCAAUUCUGUCAUAUUGGACAGUUCCAAGAAACUACCGUAUGCUGCAACCGAUCACCAAAUGGAAAUCAGUGUGGUCAGGUACUGGUUCCAGGCUUAGGUAAUGCACAUCUACAACGUUGGUACUUCAAUAUAACUUCACAAUACUGCCAACCAUUCAUCUAUAAAGGCUUACAAGGCAACGAAAAUAAUUUCUUAAGCCCAUCUGAAUGUCAGUCAACUUGUUUUGUGAAUCCGUGCGCUCUUGGAGAGCCCUACCGAAGUCAAAAUGACAUCGUGCAUUGUUCUUCGAAAAGCUCAACAAGUUGUCCUUCAGGAUACUUCUGUCAUUUUGGUGCUAUGCUGCAAACAACUGUUUGUUGCCCAAAACUUGGCAAUGCUUGCGAACAACCGGUAGAUCGUGGAGAAGGAAGUUACCAGCUGCAGCGUUGGUACUGGAAUGGUGCAAGUCAACGCUGCAUUCAUUUCGUUUAUGGAGGAUUGAAAGGAACUCAGAAUAACUUUCUAAGCGAAGAAAGUUGCGAGAAAGCUUGCUAUGUAUCCAAGAAUCCGUGUGCACUAGGUGCACCACAGCAAACGUCAAACAAACGUCCACUGAGUUGCAGCUCAAGCUAUAAUAUCUGUGGUCCAACUUAUUGGUGUCACAUUGGUGCAGAACCCGAAACCACGGUGUGUUGCCCAGGAAGAGGUCACAACUUUUUCAUUUUGCGAAAUUAUUGCACAGUUGGUGUAAUCGUUAGCUAUAUUCAUGUUUUCAAAUUACAUUUUAGUAAAAUUAAGUUAUUUUAUAUUACAGUGGAAGGUUCAGCUAUUUGCCAACUACCGUUAUCAGUUGGUUUUGGCAAUGCUAACUUGCAGCGAUGGUAUUUCAAUCCAUCCACUCAAACCUGCAUACCAUUUAGUUAUGGUGGAAUGUUCGGUAAUCAAAAUAACUUUCUUACGUACCAAGGAUGCAAAAAAGUCUGUCCAGGGUUUGUAAAUCCUUGUGUAUCCGGGGAUCCAGAAGUGGAUGAGCACGGAAAUAUAAUGACGUGUAGCAUUUCAUUCAAUUCAUGUAGUCCAGCAUUUUGGUGUCACAUUGGGGCUGAUUCGAAGACAACAGUUUUACUGGACAUAUGUGAGUUGCCAGUUUCAAUCGGAGAAGGAUCGGCAAAUCUUCAACGAUGGUACUUUAAUACCGUAACUCAGAAAUGCAAUCAGUUCAACUAUGGUGGUUUACGGGGCAAUCAGAACAACUUCAUCACAGAACACCAGUGUGAACAAACUUGUCCUGUAUUCGUAAAUCCCUGUGCAACAGGAAGUCCUCAAAUGGGAGUGAACAAUCGUCCUCAAAUGUGUAAUUCCCAGAGCGAAUGCAACGUUGAUUUCUGGUGCCACAUUGGCAGUGGACCAGAAUCAAACGUUUGCUGUCCUGGCAAAGUAAGUGGCUAUGCAAUUUGCUCGCAACCGAUGGUAUCGGGAACUGGAUCUGCAAGUUUAAAAAGAUGGUAUUACGAUGUAAACAGUCGACAAUGCUUACCGUUCAUUUAUCACGGUUUGAAAGGUAACCAGAACAAUUUCCUAAGCCAACAACAGUGCCAGCUUGCUUGUCCAGCAUACGUAAAUGUCUGUCCAGAAGGUGAUCCCUUGAUUAAUUCAAUAACUAAUCAGCCACAAAGUUGCACUUUCGAGGAGAUGAACUGUGGACCCAAUUAUUGGUGCCAUCUAGGUUUGGUACCAAGCGAAUAUCAAUGCUGUCCCGGAAAAGAAACUAAACUUGAAGUAUGUCAAUUGCCAAAAUCAUUAGGUGUUCUUGGAGCUGCUGAACCACCAGCGACUAGAUGGUACUACGAACCAGCCACGAUGGCGUGUAAGACAUUUCAGUACAAUGGUAGAAAAGGAAACCAAAAUAACUUUCUUACCAAAGCUGAUUGCGAAGCAACUUGCCCAGUUUUUAUUAAUCCAUGUAAUCGGCCGAUUGCAUUACCGGCGCAAUCUUGUUCUCCUUCUCAGGAGUGUACAUCUGGUAGUUAUUGUCAUUAUGGAUUGACACCUGAAACAACGAUUUGUUGUCCAUUAGGAAACCGUUGUGAACUACCAAAGGUAGUUGGUACUGGAAAUGGAUCAUUGCAACGAUGGUUUUACAAUCCGCAGAAAGGAAUAUGUGAAAUAUUCAUUUACCGAGGCUUGCAUGGCAAUGCUAAUAAUUACUUAAGCAAAGAAAGCUGUGAAAUGGCUUGCCAAAUAAAUCCUUGCGCUAAUGGUAGGGAAGAUUCACCCUUUACUUAUGUCACCACACAAAUGCAUAGUUGUCCAAGUGGCUAUUGGUGCAAUCCUGGUGUUAGCCCCUUGACUACUGUUUGUUGUCCAGGAGCUGUCAGUGACCCUUGUAAUUUACCCGUAAUCACAGGUGAAGGCACUGAUCAAUUAGAACGUUAUUAUUAUGAUAGAAUAAGUCAAACGUGUAAAAUGUUCACUUACGGCGGCAUGAAAGGGAACCAAAAUAAUUUUUUGUCUAAGGAAGCUUGCCAAUUACGGUGUCAUCCAUUGGAUAAUCCAUGCAUUGGGCAACCAGCAAGCACGGCUACUGGGCAGGUGCUAUUUUGUUCAUCAACUAACAAAGAAAUGUGUCCUGUAAAUUUCUGGUGUCAUAUUGGUGCUACUCCACAAACAACUGUUUGCUGUCCUGGAGCAACAAAUCCUUGUUCGGUACCACUUUCACCAGGUACUGGCAAUGCGGGUUUAUCUCGAUGGUACUAUAAUCCAGAUGAUCGGGAAUGCUUGCCAUUUCAAUACAACGGAAAACGAGGAAACCAAAAUAAUUUCGAAUCUCAGGCAGAUUGUGCGAGGACCUGUCCAGAGCAGUUAUGCUUAUUAUCCAUAGACAGAGGAGCUUGUAAUGGUCACGAAACACGUUACGCAUUCGAUCGGCAGCAAAAUCAAUGCAUAUCAUUCGACUACACAAGUUGCGGUGGUAAUCUCAACAAUUUUCAUUCAUUGACAGAUUGCAUAUCAACAUGUGGACAGAUUGGAUUCUGA